UUUCACCCCCCCCCCCCCCCCCCCCCCCCCCUGCUGCAAGGAGGGAAUACCAGCGAAGGACGGCUCGCCCGCAUUAUAACCAACCAACCUUCCCUCUUUUUUCUUUUUUCUUUUUUUUUUGAGGCAGAAAGAAGGGGAGGUGCCGACUUGGACGAUGGAACGAAUCUUGGGACUCUGGAUGGUGGUGGGGGCACGCUUGCUCCGUAUUCCCGCGGCAUCGGCGUUCCAAGACUCGGAUCGAUCGCCGUACUGGGAGGCUGAAGUCUCCUAUUUGACGAUGCUUGGGAUCCCGUUUUCGGUGGCCAACGCCGCCGAAGUGAGCAUAGAUCCGAGCUGGAAAGGACGGGACCCGGGUGACCAGAUGUUCUCAGUUGAAUGGAAACCAACGUCCCCCGGCCCCCCUUGCUGUAUUUAUGUUUUGUAGGAAUAAUUGAAACGAGCCUCGGGCGUCGUUGCCUCAACAACCCCACCCGCC